CUUUCUCUGCGUCCGCGAGCUGCUCGAUCGGUCACUUAUUUCACGUGCUUUCGAGCGUGGUCCACGAGUGUGUCCUUUUUGAGGAACGUCGGACGAAACCUAUCACGAUAUUGUGAACAGACCAUGAGGAAUUUCUCUUUAUACUUCAAGAGGAAGUAACCAGGAACAAUCAAAAUUUGCUGGCUCGUUUGCCAUUAAACAAAGUUAUAAUGCCACCUCUUAGGGCCACCAUCAUACAAACACACUUAAGCGAACACAAAUUAUCGUACCACUGCAGAUAACGUCAACUCAAUCAUCAAAAAGAUUUUCGUUCGGAAAAUUCUGCAAAAAUUCGAAUACAGAAAUGACACUCGCAACAGUGACUUCGGUGGCGAUAAAAAGUGCCACUAUCCUUCUGGGUAAAGUGGCUAUAGUUCCUAUUCUGAUAGCGGCACUUGCAUAUUUUAAUUACGACCUGAUGGAUCCUGAAAAUCAGCCAAAGGUUACGAAGCAACUGAGAAGAGAGUAUGACUUUGUGGUUGUGGGUGGAGGAUCAGCUGGAAGUGUGGUAGUGAACAGACUGACGGAAAAUCCAGAAUGGAACGUGUUACUGUUGGAAGCUGGAGGACAGGAGACAGAGAUAACUGAUGUUCCAAUUUUGUCUAUCUAUUUACAUAAGAGUAAAUUGGACUGGAAAUAUAGGACACAGCCUCAGGAUUCUGCAUGCCAAGCCAUGGUGGAUCGACGAUGUUGCUGGACUAGAGGGAAGGUCCUUGGAGGUUCAAGCGUUCUAAACACAAUGCUAUACGUUCGAGGAAAUCGACGAGAUUUCGAUCAAUGGGAAAGUUUCGGAAACCCCGGUUGGGGUUACGAAGACGUUCUACCCUACUUCAAGAAAUCCGAGGAUCAAAGAAAUCCCUAUUUGACUCGUAACAAAUAUCACGGUGUUGGAGGAUACCUGACGGUUCAAGAUUCGCCUUACAACACCCCCCUGGGAGUAGCCUUCCUGCAAGCCGGCGAAGAGAUGGGCUACGACAUCGUCGACAUAAACGGCGAGAAACAAACAGGCUUCGCAUUUUUCCAGUAUACCAUGCGAAGAGGCACAAGAUGCAGCGCCGCUAAAGCAUUCGUCAGACCCAUACAACUCCGGAAAAAUUUCCACCUAUCCCUAUGGAGUCACGUUACCCGAGUUCUAAUACAACCUGGAACCAGAAGAGCCUAUGGCGUAGAGUUCAUCAGAGAGGGUCGUAAGGAAGUGGUCUACGCCCGAAAAGAAGUGAUCCUUUCCGCAGGUGCCAUAAAUUCUCCCCAGCUAUUAAUGUUAUCAGGAAUUGGACCUAGGGAACAUCUGCAGGAAGUCGGAGUUCCGGUGGUCCAGGAUCUGCCAGGUGUCGGGCAGAACCUGCAGGACCACAUAGCCGUAGGAGGUUUAUCAUUCCUCAUCGAUUACCCUAUCAGUACCGUGAUGCAUCGUCUGGUGAACCUCAACUCGGCUCUACGAUACGCCAUCACCGAAGACGGCCCACUGACCUCGAACAUCGGCCUGGAGUCGGUCGGCUUCAUCUCCACCAAGUACGCCAAUCAGAGCGACGACUGGCCAGACAUAGAAUUCAUGCUGACCUCUUCGUCGACCAGUUCCGACGGUGGUACCCAGGUGAAAAGAGCUCACGGAUUGGCUGAUGAUUUCUACAACGAGGUGUUCGGAAAGAUAAACAGUCAUGAUCUCUUCGGGGUGUUCCCAAUGAUGCUCAGGCCCAAGUCUCGUGGAUUCCUUAAACUGAGAACGAAGAAUCCUCUCGACUAUCCUCUGUUAUAUCAUAAUUACUUGACUCAUCCCGAUGACGUGAAUGUAUUGAGGGAAGGGGUGAAAGCAGCCAUAGCUUUUGGCGAAACUAGCAGCAUGAAACGGUUCGGUGCCAGGUUUCACAGUAAACCACUGCCCAACUGCAAGCACAUCCCUCUGUUCACCGAUGAGUAUUGGAACUGUGCCAUACGUCAGUAUACCAUGACCAUCUAUCACAUGAGCUGCACUGCGAAAAUGGGACCCUCCACUGAUCCCAUGGCUGUCGUGGAUCCUGAGUUAAGGGUCUACGGUGUGGCUGGUCUGAGAGUCAUCGAUGCUUCCAUCAUGCCCACCAUUACUAAUGGGAAUAUCAAUGCGCCUGUGAUUAUGAUAGGAGAGAAGGGUGCGGAUUUGAUUAAGAAACAAUGGUUAUCGAGACGAAAAAGGGAUAAUGUCACGAUAAUUUGAUUUUGUUUUUUCUAAGAAUCAUUGUUAAUGAAUGUGAAUGUUAAUUUAUGCUUUUGGAGGUAAGCCUACUUAGGAAGGCUAAAAGAAUGUGUACAUAUU